GCGGGAGCGGGAGCGGUGGGGCCGGUUCGAGCCCAGCCGGUUCGAGCCGAGCCGAGCCGAGCCGAGCCGAGCCCAUCCGCGCCGGACCCUCCCGCCGCCCGGCCUGCUGUUGACAAGCGGCGGCAGGCAGCGCGGCGGCGUCCGUCCUCAUGUGGCGGACGCUGGCCCUCGCCUCCGCCUUCUUCCCGGGGCUCUUCGCCCUCUGCAUCCGGUUGCUGCGUUGGGCCGCUCCGGGAUGGAGCCUCAAGGACCGCAUCCUCCUCAGCGGAAGGUUGGUGUCAACGGUCCAAGCCACAAUGGCAACAGUCUCGGGGAUCACCGUUGUCCUUAACUGCAAGGAUGUGGUGCACGACAGGCACUGGCUGGCUGUGGAGUACAUCUGGGUCCUCGUUCCCUACAUGACCUAUGACAUUUAUGUCAUGUACCUCUGCCACUGGCACAAGAGCCAGGAGAAGGGAAUCGUGGAGAAGAAGCACUCGCUGGCCAGCAUCUGGAGCUUCCUCCUCCAGGAGCGGCUGAUGGUGACCCACCACCUCUUCAUCCUCAUCGUGCUCACCCCUGUCACUCAGCACUUGAGGGGAGAGUUGGGGGACUUCUUUGUGGGCUGCAUCUUCACAGCAGAGCUGAGCACACCCUUUGUAUCGCUGGGCAAAAUCCUCAUGCAGCUCAAAAUGCAGGACAGCCUCCUGCACAAGGUGAACGGGAUCAUCAUCCUGGUGACCUUCUUCCUCUGCCGCAUCCUCCUCUUCCCCUUCAUGUACGCAGCCUACGGCAGGCAGGUGGGGAUCCCCGUUUACAUGGUGCCUUUCCGCAUCCCCCUGCACUGCAACGUUGCCAACGCCUGUCUCAUCGCCCCUCAGCUCUACUGGUUCAGCCUCAUCUGCCGCAAAGCCGCCCGGCUCUACGGCAGCUCUGCCCCCGGCAAGAGCAGAUAACGGGGCUGGGAAAGGCUGGGAGCCCCUGGCCAGCGCUGCGGGGACCAGCACGGGAGCAGAGUGGUGGAAGCAGCGAUGCCGUGGGGCUGCUGGAGCUGGAAGCGGCCCCACCGUCUCCACUGCCAUUGCAGGCAGCACCAGCCUGGGCUAGGAUGGCUUUUCUUCCCACGCCACUCCAGUGCCUUGUGUCCUCCCAGCCGUGGGAGCUGACAUUCCUUCUGGGAUUCAAGGUUGAGGCACCAAACCGACUGUUACAUGCAAAGGGAUUGUUACAGCGUCCCGCCGUGUCUUUUGGGGCACCAGCACUGAGCUUGGGCGGGCAAGAAGGAGCCUGCAGCCCCAAGGCAGUGGGGAGGGGAUGCUGGAGCACACCCAGACCCACUGGGGAUGGGGGAGCCACGGACAGGACCUGCCAUAGCUCCCACUCACUCCUUCAGCUCUGGUUUACAGGCUCCAGUUGAGAGCAGAGCCAGGCCCUGGGGCUGCAGCACGGUUCUGCAGCUUGCUCCUGACCUUUCUUGACUCAGCCUCCACACUACAGCCACGUUCAGCUGCUUACCUCCCACUGCUGAUGGGCUCAAACACAUUGGACUCCACUUAAAGGUGCUUUUCACUACAACUGCCUGGUGCUUGUGGCUGACAGUCCCAGGGCAGAGCCCCAGGUCCUCCAGGGCUGCAGGGCAGAAAAGCUCACACCAGGACAAAGGAUGCUGUUCUCAAAGCAAUGCUGCCAGGGCAGAGCACCCAUGGCUGAAGGGCAGGCGAGGGAGAGGAGGUUGCUAAGUCAUCUCACCAACACACAGGGCACUAUGCAGAGACCUUCCUCAGCAAAGGAUACAACUUCCAACCCACUCCCCUAACUGCAGUUGGUUUUCUCUGCCCCACAUGCCCGUACUGGGUACUGGCACACCCUGCCCUGCUCUCCCUUCAGCCACAGCCUGAAACUGCUGGCACAUUGUCCCCCCUCCCGCCCCAUCCCACUGCCCUGCAGCUGAGGGCUGCCAGGGAGGGAACUGGCCCAGCGCAAGGGGAACCAGCGGCCCCACAGCAGGGCACUAAGCCCUGUCCUUCACCACUUCAGCUCAUUUCCACCUUCAUUCCCAGCAAAAUGGGCACAGGCUUCCCAGCCCAGCCCAGCCCACCCCACUGGGUUCAUGAGCCUUGUGUCUGUGGGUCAGGCAGCAGCAGUUUGAUCCCUUCCCUGCAGCCAGCACAGACCAGGGCAGCCACUUCCUCCCUGGAGCCUCUCAUACUCACCUGGGGGUCCCCAACUCCGGGUCAGGUCCUGCACCAGCCCGGCCCCAGCAGCCCCCUGUGCCUGGACACCUGAGGCCACUCUGUGCCUUUUAUUCUCUCUGAAACCAACAGCUGAGCUCUGGGCGACCUGGUUCUUUCAGGUGUCAGAUCUUAUCCCAGCCACAGCUGUAUUCUGGAAAUAAAGGACCUUUUCCACCAGUCCUUGCAGGAACCCUCCUGUUACCCCAAAACUCAGCAGCAGCUGCCCUUGGAAGCUGCUCACAACCGGUUACAGAUGUCUGUAACUCGCUGUUUCCAUUGCAAAUAACGUGCCUUACGUAAGGACACCACGGGGGAGGGAAAAAAGCCAAUGAGGCAUCUCAGUUUGCACUAACACUGCCCUAGUUACUAUCAGCAGACCAAUAAAGGUUUCCUUUGAGUCACUCAA